AUGGGUGAUGGGACUGUAUACAAGCUACAUGCUGGCUGCAAUGGAAGCUCCUCUAAUGCUACAGAUGUUUGCCUUGUCAACGGCACUGCAGUUUGGGGGCAGACCUACUGGAUUGAUGAUUUGACAGGAUAUCUGCUGCACACAUAUAACCAGACUGGUGUGUUCAAUGUGAUGUUGACAGGAUAUCUGCUGCACACAUAUAACCAGACUGGUGUGUUCAAUGUGAUGUUGACUGCUUCUAAUCUAGUCUCAAAUCAGUCUGACUGGACUGUAACAAAUGUACAGGUUAUCAUCGCCAACUUCACUAUCCACAAUAUACCUCCCAUACCAUACGGGCAAGAUAACAGUGAAAUUCCUCUGACAGUGGGUGCAGGCAGUAACAUGAAUGUCACAGUACUAUUUGGUAAUAUGACAUUAGAUACAGCAUACGUGAAUGAUGAAAGGGAAGGCUUGGCAAUUGUACGGGUUUCCGAUUAUUUUGGUUACGGAUAUUAUCCAGUUGAGGUCAAUAUCUCCAACCUUGUCACACCAGCUCAGUCAUACUAUUCCGGAGUUAGGGUUGAUUAUGCCAUUACAGACUUGGUUGUAUCUGUCGACAAACUGUUCCUACCAGUCGACGACUUCAUGACCAUAAGUAUUAAGAUGUUCUGGUGUUCCCGUUUUAACACCACCAUUCUUUUUGAUGAUGGUUCAAUGCUGGCAUUCUACACAGAGUUGCUUCUGGCGCCAGAAAAUAUAACAAAAUAUCAUGCUUAUACCUCACCUGGGAUAUAUCAACUAUCAGCAGUCAUUGAAAAUCCUGUGGGCCAUUUUGAAGGCAAUUACUCCAUUGUUGUCCAAUAUCCUGUUCGUAAUCUUGAGCUCAGGGUGAAAUCUCCCCAGAUUUUACCAAUUGGUUCUUCAAUAAACACUCUGUUCAACCUGACCUUUUUGGGUUUAGUAGAACCAGCUACAAAUGCAAGUAUAAUGACAGAUUUUAAAGAUGGCACCAUCAUUAUUGAUCCAUUCCUUGCAAAUGAUUCAACCCCCAUUGUGUUUGGGAUGUGGCAUCCAUACAUAGACGCAGGCACAUACAACGUCUCCAUGAAUGUCUCGAACCUGGUCAGCUGGAUUUUCCUACACCAGGUUGUUGAUGUUGAUGAAAAGUUGUACGAGGUUGUGCUCACUCCAGCUCUCCAUUAUGUCAUCACUAACACCUUUGUAGACCUACUGGUCACUAUGCUGGCUGGAACUCGGGCGACAUGCUUGUAUGAAUCCGGAGAUGGGUCUCCCACAGUUUUGAUUCCUUGUUCCCGGAUUGCAGUAGCAUCCGUCAGCCAUCAAUACGCCACAGUUGGUGUAUACCACCCAAGUGUGUUUGCAAACAACUCUGUUGGCUAUGUUUUUGUAUAUUCAUCUAUAGGUCCGAUAUUCGUUCAGAAUCCAGUUGUAGGGUUUAAGACGGUUUCGUUAACAAAGAUUGCCUUCAUAGGUCCACCAUAUACCCCAACAUAUGAACUUACACUGAAGUUUGAAUUGCUGUUUGAUAACAGAGAGUUAUUGCCAACAAAUGCCUCAUAUAAAGUUGACUUUGGUGAUGGGUAUGUCACUUCAGUUCUGGAUCUGCCACCCAUUGUGAAAGUAACCAACUAUAAUGGGUCUUAUGACCUGAUGCUCGAAUUAACACACACAUACAUUCAUGGUGGUAACUUCUCUAUCGACAUUACCAUAUGGAAUUUGGUGAGCAAUGUCACUUACUCAGACACUUUUGACAUCUACGAAGCCAUUGCAAAUUUAAGAGUGAAUACUUUUGGCUAUGAUGCGGGUGUAAAAAUGACUGGGUUAGGGCCUGAAAUGAAUUACUUUGCCCAAGAAAACCCUGUGUGGUUCCAAGCCAGCCAUGACAAAGGCAGCCAUGUUUCUUACUUCUGGAUAUUUAAUGAUAGUCUGAGUGAAUCAACAGAUUUGAUUGACUACGUUUUGCAUAACUACCUUGAACCAGGCAUGUAUAAUGUUCAACUAAUCGCUUCAAAUUAUAUUGGAUCAGCAACAGUCUAUCCAAUGAUUCAUGUUCAAAGAAGCUGCAAAAAUAUUGCGAUUUCGUCUGACACUCCUCGAUCGAAGAACACCACCUUUGAUUUUCCUGUCUUCCCUGGGAAUAUAGCCACUGAUGCCUGCUACAUGAUUGACUUCAAAGAUAACUCGGCUGAACCAAGUCAAUACCAAUUUUUUGGUAACCUUGAUUACUGUAAAACGGUUCCGGAAUGGUCCGCAUUGUUAGAUAAGACCAUUGGCCACUUUGUGGCUGUUUCUUCAUGGGAGUUAGAAGUUAAAAGGUUUGAAUUUUUAAAUCAACCAACCACAACUGGCCUUCCAACAACAUCUACUGUUUCCAUCACUACGACAAUAAAAACAACUACAACCAUGACUACCACAACCAGUUUAGCAACCACAACAUCAACACCUAGCUCGACUAUGACUUUAGCAACCACAACUGACCUAUAUGGUAAUUUCACCACAACUACAGGUGAGCCAACUACAUCCACAGACCCCUACUAUAAUUUCACUUCUUCUAGUAUUGCUGCGACAACAACAGGCACAACAACAUCAACAACAGAUGGUACAACAACUAUUACAACAACAACGUUGAUUCCAACAACAACUGUACCACUGUCGUACAAUUCCACUUGGAAUAUAACCAUUCAAACGAAGUACAUGAUCCCGGGGAUGUAUGCCACAGAGCUGAAGUGCAGAAACUGGGUGUCCCAAGAUCAAGCCGGAUGGGAAACAGGGGUUACAAAGGGUCAGUGUUGGUGGCCUUAUGUAAAUGUCUCUUCAGCCAACCCAUGUAAAGCUCCAAUGUGCGAUGAAGCUGUUCCAACGAUGAGAAAGGCUUACCGGUCUGAGAAACUUAUAAUUUAUUCCAAUGUGACAAUCAACUGUACAGCAACCAAAAUUGCUUUCUUUUGGUGGAGAGUAUUCAAGCAGAAUCUUGAAGGAGAAAAUGAGACAGAGGUCACCGAUUUGAAAGGUGCAGAUUACUACUCCAUUGGGGCGAGAAAUCUGAUAUUGACGGGAAAUACACUUGAGUAUGGUCUGUACAGGUUUGAGUUGAAUGUGAGCAUGAAUGAAACAAUGGGAAUGGACAGGCAAGAUAGCUUGUUCUUAAGAAUUGUAGAAACACCAUUAGUCGCAAAAAUUGCUGGUGGAGAAUACGUGAUGAGACCAUGGGGAGACUUUCUGCCUUUAGAGAUUGAUGGCGGAACAUUCUCAUAUGAUCCUGAUAUGGAAGAUCCUGCAGAUAAGACGGGUAUGGAGUUCAUCUGGCUCUGCAGACGGACAUGUGAAAGUUGGCCACAGGAAUUUACUGAGGAUUAUAAUGUAGCAGUGAGUAUGCCUCCAAAUAACUGCUCCUACUCUGAUGUUACUGACCGAGGGUGCAACAAAGUGGACAUGUUUGAUUCAUCAGGUCGAGUCGUGAAUGCUUCUGAGCCAAUAUUGACCGUGAUGACUGGAGACAUGUACGAGAGUGACUCAGUGAUUUUUCGCCUCAUCAUCAAGAAGGGUUCACGGGAAAGCGAAGCACUCAUUGAAGUGUACGUGUCUGCUGGCGACCCCCCUAUCUUCGGACUAGAGUGCGUGACCAACUGUGGUAAGAGCCUGUCAGGAAGGCUGCUGGUCAACCCGGACAGCCGCUUCGGGCUCAAGUCAGUCAUCGGAAGCUGGUCAAGAGGCGUUUACUUCUAUUAUAAUUGGAAGCUCUAUGGAACAAGUGGUGACAGAUCAACGCGUGAGCUUAUAGACUACAGUGUCUGGGAAGGAUACACCAACACUGGCAUUGAUGGUCCCAACAUGGCCAUCCUGCCAGGCCUCAACUAUCCCAGUUACAUGCAAUUCGACCUGGUUUUGAAGAUCUGGCGCUGGGGUCAGAAUGAAACUAAUCACGGCCUUGGGGAAAUCAGCUUUUCCCUGAAUACGAAGCCAACCGGUGGUAACAUGACGAUCUGGCCAACAUCUGGUGAGGAGUAUAGCACCAAGUUUCGCAUCACUGCAUUUGGAUUCAGCGACAUGGAAGAUGGCACGGACCGUUUUCAUUACAAGUUUGGUUACCAAUUUGAGCCAAACGAAAAGGUCACCUGGUUCUAUGAUGGCAUCGUGAACAGUAACAAGGACAGAGAGACACCAUUCCCAGCUGGCCUGAGUUCCAACCAAUACAGUCUGAUUGUGAUAGCAAGAGCAUAUGACCUCACAGGUGCCUUCCAGGAUUUUGUAUCUUCUGUCAUUGUUACACCAGCAGAUAGUCUAUCAAAGUCAGAAAUGCUUGUGAAUGCCACCCUGGAUGGAGGCCUCAUAGACAACCUGUUUGUUGCUGCAGACAUCAAGGUGGCGCCUGUCACCAACUGCCUCGGUAGAUUCCUCAAUGAGGAGGCAGAUGGCGCCAUGGCCGCAGCUGUCCAGUUUACGACCACUACCGCUGACCCUAACCUCACUGAGACUCAGCUUCUCCAGAUGCAGCAGGACAAGUUGGAGGCCGACAGACUGCGGAGAGAGCAGACUCGAGAAGCAAUCAUGCAUGGAUUUGAGCGUAUCAACCCGACAACUUUAGAGGAGAUGCAGACAACAAGUGCUGCUCUUGCAAUCCUGGCAGAGAAGGAGACUGAACUCUCACAGGCGGCUCAGGACAGUGCAGUGCUGAUAGUUGACAACUAUGCCAAAGUGUUCAAACGUGAGAGACACUCUUCAGCAGAUGAUCGUGAAGAGGCAGCCUUGAUGGUCAUUGAUUUCAUUGGUAAGAUGGCCCAGGGGGCAGGAUACCUUGCUGAUAAGGUGACCAAGGAGUCGAGCAUGCUGGCCUCUAGUAUGCUGAGUGAGACAGACUCGGCCUCUAGCACAACAACAACAACCACUAUGGCCACCACCACGAUGUCCGCUGCAGAAUACAACAUGAAAUUGCAGGAACUAGCUUCUGCAAAGGAAAAGGCCAAGGAGGCGGCACUCAAGCUGGAGAAGGCUCUAGGACAGAUCAUUGAGACAGUGGCGGGCUAUAAGGUGGCCGGAGAGAAUCUGAUGCAGCUUGACACGCCCAAGAUGGCUGUCACCGUGUCCAAACGACUCACCAUCAAUAUGAACAAUGAGUCAAAGUUUGAUGUCGGUGGUGACUCACACGUUUUGGUUCCAAAGUCCCAGCUGAUAUUUGGUGAAUAUGGCAACGAGACGUCUUUUUUCGGACAGACUGAGAUUGUAUGGCAACCAAAGAACUACUACACGUGGACAAACAGCUCCGAUGGUGAGGCAAAAGAAAUCUCAAGUAACGUCAUCAAUAUCAAGUACCGUGACGACUCAGGAAAGGAAUUGCCAGUGAAAGAUUUGAAGCAGGAUUUUGACAUAUUUUUAGAUCGUAAAGAUUUUAUUACCGAAGAUACUUUAAAAGAUGGGCUGACACAAGAAUGGGAAGAUCCAAUGAUGAUACACACAGUGACAGUGAAAGUUGGAAUGGCCCUGUCUUUAACUCUCAGCCAGUUGUUCAACAUGUCCUCGUACAAUCCAGAGGUGGACCUGGACAACAACACCACGACCCCAGCACCUGAGCAGGAAAUAACUAUAGAGACAGAUAACGUAACGUUCUACCUCUAUAUCAGUGCUUGGGAAUCGCCAACUAUUUGGAAGCAUGAUUUCAACUGUGUCCUUCCUCUCUCGGCUGAACGGAUGAAUGAAAUGAUGGCUUAUAUGGAUGACUUGACCUUUGAAAACGACACUUCCCCACCUCGGACAACCUUCAUGACUGACCAACCCAACAGAUGGACUUGCUUCUUCAGUAUACAGGACCUCAACAUAACUGAAGAUACGCCUUACUAUGUGGGGGUCAAGCACACAACUGAUGAUAUGGAUAUGCCAUGGUUGGAGGUUCAGGAGCCAAACGGAACCACCACCACCACUACCAGCACCACAACUACUACAACCACAACCACAACCACUACAACCACAACCACACCUACGACUACCACGGAUAGCCCCACAACAACACCCCUGCCACUAUGUUCUUGUGUAGGGAAAUCUUGGUGUAAAGAAAAAUAUAGCAGCGUAAAACCUUGCACUCUCACAAUAGGAGAAGGAGGAGGGGGUGGAGGUAGUAAUGGUGGGGGUGCAGGAGGCGGGAGUGCGCAAACAACCACUGUUCCGCCCCCACCUGCAUACAAGCCGGCACUUUAUCGACUCAACUUCUUAACGACCUUCUGCGUCUGGUGGAACCCAGAAACUGAUACAUGGAACUCCGAGGGCUGCCAGGUUGGUCCAUUAACGGAGGUCACACGAAUCCACUGUCGGUGCAACCACCUGACGGCGUUUGGGGCUGGUUUUGCCGUUCCGAUGAACACAAUCAACCUGAGUGACUCUGCAUUCAAGAACCUGGACUCGAACCCGAUUGUGUUUGCCACCAUGGUCUCCUUGAUGUGUCUGUACCUGCUCAUGUGCAUCUGGGCACGGAAAAAAGAUAAGAAAGAUGCCAUCAAGGCGGGAGUGUCACCAUUGCCAGAUAAUGAUCCACGAGAUAAGUACCUCUACGAGAUCACCCUGUACACAGGGGCACGCAAAGGGGCAGGCACUACAGCAAAGGUUUCGUUCAUCCUGACCGGGGACAAUGCUGAGACAGCCCCUCGGGCUGUGGAGGACCCAGAGAGGCCCAUCCUGGGGCGCGGGGCAGUGGACACCUUCAUCAUGGCUGUUCCUGAACCUCUUGGGAGCCUCACACAUCUCAGAAUCUGGCACGACAAUAUGGGUGAUGACCCAUCAUGGUACUUCAGCCGGUUCAUGGUCCGGGACAUGCAGACUGGCAACAAGUAUUACUUCAUAGCGGAGGAAUGGCUCUCACUGGACUGUGAAGAUGAACUGAUUGACAGAGUCAUUCCAAUUGCUUGCAAGGCUGAGCUGACUAACUUUAGCUUCCUGUUCUGGGCAAAGGCAAAGACGAACCUCACAGACAGCCAUAUCUGGUUCAGCAUCUUCCAGCGUCCCGCCAAGAGCAACUUCACGCGCGUGCAGCGUCUCACUUGCUGCCUCUCCCUGAUCUUCUGCUCCAUGUGUGCGAGCAUUGCGUGGUACGGCCAGGCGGCGCAGUCUGACCAGGCUCUCACGGUGGGGCCAGUGAAGAUCUCACUGGCUGGUGUGUAUGUGGGGAUCCUUAGCAGCGCUAUGACGCUGCCCAUUAAUCUCAUAAUUGUCCUGCUGUUCCGAUGUUCUCGCCCUUUGCCACAGAAACCCAAACACAAUCCAAAUGCUCUUAUUUCGGAGAAGAAAUCUGAGGAAGAUGGUAAUGAGAAGAUAACCAUGGAUGAUACAGCUGAUCUGCCAGAGAUAUGCAAUGAGGAGGAAGAGAAUGUUGAGUAUUUUAUUGAAGAUGAGUUUAAAAAUGAAGUGGACUAUCUCAACAAAGGUGAUAACAGCAAGAAGACGCUGCACAAAGGUGAGGUGACAGCGGAGGAUGCCGGGCUGGUGCAGAUUGCUAAUAUUCCUCUGUCAAAGGACUUGGUGGAAAACAAGAAGAGAAAGAAGACAUCGUGUCGUCUGCCUCACUGGUGCAUCUACAUAGCUUACUUCCUGUGUUUCUGCUCAGUUGCUGUGGCCUUCUGGGCCACAGUUGAGAUUGCUGGGGUGUUCGGGAAGGAAAAGUCAUUGGAGUGGCUUAUUUCCUUCUUUGUGUCAGCCUUUGAAUCAAUCUUCCUCUCUCAGCCUUUAAAAGUGUUUGCCCUUGCACUGUUCUAUGCCUUGGUCAUCAAAAAACCGGACGUGGAGUCUGAGGAGGAGGCGGGUACCGGUCUGAACUCUGACGAGGAAUGGCUGCACAAGCACCUCACUGAGCGCGAUCUGCUCAACCCAGAGACACUCAGAGCACUCAAGAACAUGAAGGAAAAUGCACCCCUACCUCCUGAGCUGGAUUUCCUGAGAACAGCAAAGGCUGAAAGAGAGAAAGAGCGUCAGAUGCAUGAGAUUAUCAAGGAAGUGGUCAUCUGUGUCUGCUACAUUUUCCUUGUGCUUCUACUUGCAUACACAAAUCGUGAUCCAAACUCGUAUAAUCAGUAUGUGACCUAUAAUAAUAUCUUCAACAAGGGAGAGUUGGCAAGGGCAACAAUUGGUGAAGGGAAGGCAUUUGACCAGAUCAAGAACUAUGAUGAUUUCUGGAGCUGGACUAAAGAUGUGUUGGUGCCCGGCAUGUAUGACCGGGUGUCCUACAACAACGAGACCCAUGAUGAGCCUCUCAUUGCUGACAGAAUGUCCAUCCUGCCCGGGGGAGCCAGGAUCAGGCAGCUACGCAUCAACAGACACAGAUGCGCAGCUCCGAUGGACUAUGUGAUGUACUAUUGUGAGGCAGGGUAUUCCAGCAUUGAUGAGGACAAGGGAGACCACCUAGUGGCCUGGCAGCCCCUGGACAUCACCAACCUGACCCAGGUUCCCCACACCUACUACACUUAUCGCACCUGGCAAGAACUGGACGGCUACCCAUACUUAGGCCAGUUUGCAACCUAUGGAGGUGGGGGGUAUGUUGCUGAGCUGGGCACAGAUGCAGACACCGCCUCAAUGGUCCUUGAAUUCCUUCGUAGUACCAGCUGGAUCGAUUCAGGCACACGCGCAGUUAUAGUGGAGUUCAACCUCUACAACCCUAACAUGAACCUGUGGGGUGUAUCUAUGUACCUCUUGGAGUUUUUGCAAACUGGUGGUAUCGAGGUGAACCCAAAGUUUCAUAUAAUGCGCCUAGACAGAUACGCGGGUGGGUUCAUGUACUUUGUCCUGGCAAUGGAGUUUGUAACCAUUUUGUUUGUCCUUUUCUUCACCGUUAGAGAGAUUCGCAUACUUCAGAUUCAGAAAAAGGAAUACUUCAAGAAUUUUUGGAACUGUUGGGAGUUUGUCUGCCUUUUGUUCGUGUACACAAUCAUUGUGUUGUUCAUCUAUCGGACGGUGGUGAACGGUUUAAAGAUGAAGGAAGUCUCAGAGAACCCCAACGUAUUCACCAACCUGCACAAGGCUGUGCUACUGGAUGAGCUAUGCGGCUACUUCAUAGCAUUCCUGGUCUACAUGUACACAAUUCGCUUCAUGCGGCUAUUACGAUUCAACAGAAAAAUAUCCGUUCUUGGUGAUACUUUAAUGGCUGUUGCAAAACCAAUAGUGAGCUUCAUGAUAGUGUUUAUCUUUGCUUUUAUUGCGUUUGCACUGACAGCGCAUAUAUUCUUUGGGAAAACUCUGCGGACCUUUAGGACAUUUGUGACGACAGUUGAAACACUCACCGUCAUGAUGCUGAACAAGUUUGACUACGAAAGCAUGAUGAUGGAUUCAUUGGUGGUGGGCCCAAUACUAUUUGGGUUCUUCUGUGUGUCGUUCAACAUCAUUCUCAUCAACCUCCUCAUAUCGGUGGUGCUGGAGGGAUUCACUGCGGUGAGGCGUGACAAGCAGAAGCAGAGCAAUGAUUAUGAGAUUGUUGAGUUUGUGAUGAAGCGAGCAAAAAUGGUGCUUGGUGUCGGGCAGCCAAAAAAAAGCAGACGACAUAAUUUGCCUGUCAGUGAUCCAAGAAAGAGUAGAUUUGUUUAUGUUGAAAAACUCACUGCAGAGGAGCAGAAGAUACAGGAGUUAGAUGAGAAGGUAGAGAGGAUGCUGUCACAGCUGGAGGGGGUCACAGACGUGAACACAGAGGCCGAGACGAUGAGGGAGGAACUGGAGGAGUACAUGAGCAGACGUCGCCGCAUCGUGGUCGGCUAACACAACCUCAUCCGCUCGAUUGCAUCAAAUCUUCAUUGUGACAUUUACAAAAUAACACCUCAUGCAUGUUUUAUUGCUCAUCAAACAACAAUUUAGGGUUCUCAUGCAUAGUAAUGAAACCAUGAAGGAAUGCAAAACAUCAAAAUGACAUACUUCUAUAUACAUGUACUAGUAAUACAAAAAUUAUAUAUCUCACAAUGCAGUAUUAGUUUCCAUACUCAAGUUAAGUUAAAUGUCAAGAAAGAAAAAAUAUAUAAAUUACAUGCAAAAACUAUAUAGUAUAGUAAAUUAUUCAGAAUUUAUGCAAAAACACUGAUUAACUUGUUUGUAGUUAAUGUUUGCAAAGCUGUGCCUGGCUCUUAUUGGCCAAGGGAAAAUAUACGCUGACAUUCAUGGGCGCUGAACUUUGACCCGUUUUCUAUCCCUCUGCUUAUCCUCUGUGACUGUCAAUGUCGUGUUGAAUUUGGUUGUUUUUAAAUGACUGAAAAUUUUACUUAUAAAUGCAGAGAACAUUGAAUUUCAGACAUUUGAUUUGAUGUUUUUAAAAUUGCAAUGAAACUAUCCAGGCAGUGCUUUUACCAGCUCCCUGUACGUUUCCUAGCCUAGAAAUUUCAAGGCAGUGCUUUUACCUGUUCCUUUUAGCAGCUACCUGUACAUUUCCUAUGCCUAGAAUUGUCCAGGCAGUGCUUUUACCUGUUUCUUUUAGCAGCUCCCUGUAUGUUUCCUAGCCUAGAAUUGUCAAGGCAGUGCUUUUACCUGUUCCUUUUACAGCUCCCUGUAUGUUUCCUAGCCUAGACUUAUCAAGGCAGUGCUUUUACCUGUUUUUCCUAUCCUAGAAUUGUCCAGGCAGUGCUUUUACUAGUUCCUUUUAGCAGCUCCAAUUACGUUUUCCAUGCCUAGAAUUGUCCUGGCAGUGCUUUUACCUGUUCCUUUGAGCAGCUCCCUGUUAUGUUUCCUAGCCUAGAAUUGUCAAGGCAGUGCUUUUACCUGUUUCCUAGCCUAGAAUUGUCAAGGCAGUGCUUUUACCUGUUCCUUUUAGCAGCUCCCUGUACAAUUCCUACGCCUAGAAUUGUCCAGGCAGUGCUUUUACCUGUUCCUUUUAGCAGCUCCCUGUAUGUUUCCUAGCCUAGAAUUGUCAAGGCAGUGCUUUUACCUGUUCCUUUUAGCAGCUCCCUGUUAUGUUUCCUUGCCUAGAAUUGUCAAGGCAGUGCUUUAACCUGUUCCUUUUAGCAGCUCCCUGUUGUGUUUCCUAACCUUGAAUUGUCAAGGCAGUGCUUUUAUCUGUUCCUUUUAGCAGCUCCCUGUACGUUUCCUAGUCUAGAAUUGUCAAGGCAUUGAUUUUACCUGUUCCUUUGAGCAGCUCCCAGUUAUGUUUCCUAGCCUAGAAUUGUCAAGGAAGUGCUUGUACCUGUUCCUUUUAGCAGCUCCUUGUACGUUUUCUAUGCCUAGAAUUGUCCAGGCAGUGCUUUUACCUGUUCCUUUUAGCAGCUUCCUGUAUGUUUUCUAUGCCUAGAAUUGUCCAGGCAGUGCUUUUACCUGUUUCUUUUAGCAGCUUUCUGUACGUUUUCUAUGCCUAGAUCUUUCUGUAUGUAUUAUUGGUAGACAAUACUGAAAAACAUAAACUUGUGUCUGAUAAUUAUAAAAAUUACUGUGACAUUCUUAAUCAUGUGAUUGUUAAUUUGAUCAUUAAAAAGGUUAAACUGG